AGAAGAAGAAGCAGUCCUCCAGCAGCAGCAUCUCCUGACCAUCAAUAAGCUAACAGCUAGCACACAGAAGCAGCUUCAAUUCUCCUUUCAGCACUUAAUUACACACUGAAUUCAUUUGCGUUCUUAUAAAGAGUGUGAUCUGCAUCGACUCCGAAAAAGGUACAACAUUUAACCCGACAUCUUUAAUCAAAUCUUGUAAUUAACGCUGGAUAACAGGCCGAAGCUAAUGCUAAUCAGUUAGCAUAACUUCAGUAACAUCAGGCCAGUGGUGCCUCUGAAGUCCUGCUGUCAGAUAGUUGGGUUAUUAAGUCAACUGAAAGUCUGUGGUUUUAUACAAAGCUUCUCUGACAUUUAACCUUGUGUUGUGCAGUCAUGGCUGCGGAUUGGUUGGGUAGUUUGGUGUCUAUUAACUGUGGUCCAACACUGGGAGUGUAUCAAGGAGAGGUGGUGUCUGUGGACCAGACCAGCCAAACCAUCUCCUUAAGGCUGCCUUUCCACAAUGGAGUCAAGUGUCCUGUUCCAGAGGUCACAUUCAGUGCCAUUGACAUAAAGGAGCUAAAGAUUUUAGAUAUCAAAAAUGGCAAUGCUAGGAACAGCUCUUCUGCAUCUACAAAGGUAAACAGUGCUCCAGUUGCAGUCCCAAAAGGUGACCCCAGGUCUGUGGAGAAACUCAACUCCCCUCAGCACUGCUCCAAAAGCCAUGGAGAACGUCAUCUGGACGUACCUGGCCAGCCAAAAGGAUUUCGUCGAAGACACAACUCCUGGUCAUCUAGUAGUCGAGGGGUAAACCAAGUGACGCCGAAGAAGAACGGAGUGAAGAAUGGUCAGAUGAAGCCCAGAGACGACGAGUGUUUUGGGGAUAACAUGGACGACGGGCUGGAGGCAGACUUUGAUUUUGAGGGAAACUUGGCUCUUUUUGACAAAGCAGCAGUUUUCUCAGAAAUCGACAUAUCAGAGCGCCGCAAUGGUGCAAGGUCACGUGGGACGCCUCAAGAGCAGACACCUACUCGGUACCGUCAUGAUGAAAACAUCCUGGAGGCCAAACCUAUUGUGUACAGACAGAUUACCGUGCCGCAGCCUGAGGCCAAAGAAUACUGCACUGACUCUGGGCUUGUUGUACCCAGUAUAUCCUACGAACUACACCAGCGUCUGUUGUCAAUCGCUGAGCGUCAUGGUCUCUCACUGGAACGAAGACUUGAGAUGACUGGAGUGUGUGCAAGUCAGAUGGCACUUACAUUGCUGGGUGGGCCCAACAGAUUCACUCCGAAAAAUUUACACCAGCGUCCCACUGUGGCUCUGUUGUGUGGCCCUCAUGUUCAGGGUGCCCAGGGCAUCAGCUGUGGUCGUCACCUGGCCAAUCAUGAAGUGGAGGUCGUCUUGUUUUUGCCCAAUUUUGUCAAGAUGCUCGACUCAGUCACCAGCGAGCUCACGCUCUUCAACAAGACUGGUGGCAAACAGGUGUCAAGUAUCAAAGACCUUCCAGACACUCCAGUGGACUUAAUCAUAAACUGCUUGGACUGCCACGAGAACACAUUCCUGAUGGAUCAGCCUUGGUACCGAGCGGCUGCAGACUGGGCCAACCAGAACCGAGCGCCAGUGCUCAGCUUAGACCCUCCUGGUAGUGGACAGGGGCAGGCAGUCGAGGCCAAGUGGUCCCUCUCUCUUUGCCUCCCCCUCCCACUGGCUGAGGGGGCUGGCAGGGUUUACCUGUGUGACAUAGGCGUUCCUCGCCAAGUGUUCCAGGAAGUGGGAAUCAAGUACAUUUCUCCUUUUGGCUGCAAAUUUGUCAUCCCCUUGCACUCUGCAUAACGGGACUAACGGUCAACAUGACAGAUUGAAUCUUUCACCCUCCAUGACCAUUUGGGUUUUGGCGCCUUAUAUUCCAGAGUUCAUCCAUUAAGUUUCUAACUCACUCAUCAACACGUGAAUGGGACCCCUGUUUGGUACAUUAGUUCUACAAGGACUAGGGCUGUCCCGAAUACCAUUUUUUGGGCUUCGAAGCUUUGGGAGAGUGCCGCUGCCACACUACUGCACACACACGCACCGCUACGCAUAA